AUGGCCGCCAAGCCCGCCGAGCUGCUGGGCGUCUGCUCGAGCUACCAGGCGGUGAUGCCCCACUUCGUCUGCGUGGCCGAGGAGUUCCCCCCGCCCGCCCGCCCGGCCCGAGCCCCCCGGGGCAAGCUGCGGCGGCCGCGGCAGUCGCGCUUCAAGACGCAGCCGGUGACUUUCGACGAGAUCCAGGAGGUGGAGGAGGAGGGGGUGUCCCCCAUGGAGGAGGAGAAGGCCAAGAAGUCCUUCCUGCAGUCCCUCGAGUGCCUGCGGCGCAGCACCCAGAACCUCAGCCUGCAGCGGGACCGCCUGGGCAGCUGCCGCCUGCGCAACAGCCUCGACUCCAGCGACUCGGACUCGGCCCUCUGAGGGCGGCCCGGCACGGCCCGGCCCGGCACGGCUCGGCCCGGCCCGGUGGGACUGCGCCCGCCCCGCUCCGGCAGGGACCCGGCCGCAGGGAGGCUCGGCGGGGCGCCCGGCGGGCCGGGAUGUUUUCUGAGAAAGCGCUUGUACCUGCGUUUCUAUUCGAUUGUAUGAAACUCUCCGCCUGAAAGACACACACACACACACAAAAAAAAAAAAAAAAAAGGAAAAAAAAUCUUUUCUAUUCGUUAGAAGAAAUAUGAGCUGGUUUAGAUGCAUCGAGCUGCUGGACUUUAUAUUUAUUUUUGCAUUUAAACUGUUGACUGCGUUAAUUUAAUAUGUUUCUACCUGAAUGUCUGUUAUUAUUUCCAUAAAAGAGUAAUAAAAUCCGAUAUAUUUGCACAGUA